AUUGAAUACUGUAUUCUGAAUCAGAUUUGCUACAUAUUGUACCCUGGGGAUGAGUCAGUGGAAGGAAAAAUUCUGCGUCUGAAACAACAAUACACACUGUGCUCUGCUUCUCUUCAAGAUAUUAUUGCUCGUUUUGAGAGGAGAUCUGGAAAGUCUGUGAACUGGGAUGAAUUUCCUGAAAAGGUUGCAGUACAGAUGAAUGACACUCACCCAACUCUCUGCAUUCCAGAGCUGAUGAGAAUAUUGAUAGAUAUAAAAGGCAUGGGGUGGAAGGAAGCUUGGAAUAUUACUCGAAGGACUGUUGCUUACACGAACCACACUGUUCUACCUGAGGCUCUGGAGAAAUGGAGUUUGGAGCUUAUGCAGAAAUUACUUCCUCGACAUGUUGAGAUCAUAGAAAUGAUUGACGAGGAGCUAAUUCAUACCAUAAUUGCUGAGUAUGGUAUAAAGGAUACUGACUUACUGCAGAAGAAACUGAAAGAGAUGAGGAUUUUAGACAAUUUUGAUUUUCCAGCCUCUGUCCUAGAUCUAUUUGCAUCAGAGGAAAGCUCUGCUACUGAUUUCAGUGAAGAUGUUGAAGUCUCCGUUGAAGAAGUUGAAGUCUCCGUUGAAGAAGUUGAAGGGUCCGUUGAAGAAGUUGAAGUCUCCGUUGAAGAAGUUGAAGGGUCCAUUGAAGAAGUUGAAAGUUCUGAUGCAGAGAUUAAAGCCACUGAUGAAGAGGAUGAGUCUGAAGGAAAGGAUACAAAGAAGAAGCAACCAGUGUUUUUAAAACCGGAUCCAAAACUGCCAAAGGUGGUCCGAAUGGCUAAUCUUUGCGUUGUUGGUGGCCAUGCCGUAAAUGGGGUUGCUGAGAUUCAUAGUGAAAUUGUUAAAACAGAGGUCUUUAAUGACUUCUAUAAGUUGUGGCCUGAGAAAUUUCAAAAUAAAACAAAUGGUGUGACACCAAGAAGAUGGAUCCGUUUUUGCAAUCCAGAUCUGAGUAAAAUCAUAACCAAAUGGGUUGGUACAAAAGACUGGGUCCUUGACACAGAGAAGCUAGCAGAACUUCGAAAGUUUGCGGAUAAUGAAGACCUACAAACUGAGUGGAGGGCAGCAAAAUGGAGCAAUAAGGCGAAAGUUGUGUCAUUAAUAAAAGAAAAAACAGGGUAUGUUGUCAGCCCUGAUGCAAUGUUUGACAUACAGGUGAAACGCAUUCAUGAAUACAAGCGCCAAUUAUUGAAUAUCAUGGGAAUUGUUUACCGCUAUAAGAAGAUGAAAGAAAUGAGUGCUGAAGAAAGGAAAGAGAAGUUCGUUCCUCGAGUAUGUAUAUUUGGAGGAAAAGCAUUUUCCACAUACGUGCAAGCUAAGAGGAUAGUGAAAUUCAUCAUAGAUGUUGGGGCUACUGUAAAUCGUGAUUCAGAAAUAGGAGAUUUAUUGAAGGUCGUUUUCAUCCCUGAUUACAAUGUUAGCGUUGCAGAAUUGCUUAUUCCUGCCAGUGAGCUUUCUCAGCACAUCAGUACUGCUGGGAUGGAGGCCAGUGGAACAAGCAACAUGAAAUUUGCAAUGAAUGGCUGUAUCCUGAUUGGGACCUUGGAUGGGGCCAAUGUUGAAAUAAGGGAAGAGGUUGGAGAAGACAACUUUUUCCUCUUUGGUGCACAAGCUAAUGAGAUUGCAGGCCUGAGGAAAGAAAGAGCUGAGGGCAAGUUUGUGCCAGACCCUCGGUUUGAAGAAGUAAAGGCAUUUGUCAGAAGUGGUGUUUUUGGACCCUCCAACUAUAAUGAACUCAUUGGAUCUUUGGAAGGGAAUGAGGGUUAUGGGCGUGCAGAUUAUUUCCUUGUUGGCAAGGACUUCCCCAGUUACCUGGAAUGCCAAGAGAAAGUAGAUGAGGCUUACCGAGACCAAAAGAGAUGGUCGAAAAUGUCAAUUUUGAAUACAGCUGGUUCAUACAAAUUCAGCAGUGAUCGGACAAUCCACGAAUAUGCGAAAGAUAUAUGGAACAUCAAACCUGUUGAGUUACCAUAGGAUGUUCAUAUCUGGUUGGUUUUCCAUGGUGUAUCUAUUGGGGGUUUACCUGUGUUCUUGCCGUCUGUAAUAUAACUUCUUUGAUGCUUGAGCUGUAAAGUUGUCAAAGCAGUACACGUAUAAUAAUAGCAGCAGUG